AUGACCCCAAGCUACGUACGGCAUGUGAUAACUGCCAGCUCUCAAAAGUACGAUGUAGUCGAGGCCAGCCUUCGUGCUGGCAGUGCAGCCAGAGCGGUGUUAAGCCCACUGAGGAGGACGGGACGCCCGCCCAAGAACAGGGACAACAACGCUGCGACGCAGCGUGAAAAGGACGCUUCAACCCAAUCAUCGACUGCUAACUCAUUGCAAAACCGAUCUCCUCGCGAUACCAUCACCCAGAAAGCCUCACCCGAUCGCACAUUUCAUCGGCACCGUCCACCGCAGGAUGCUACCACCGCCAAUGACGUGCCAACGGCCUGUUCACCAGCACGGCUGCAACAGCCCCUGACGGAAGUGGCCGCAUGCUCAGCCGUGCCAGGUGGUGCAGUACCUGCCGUGCAUUCCAUGAACAACGCUGUAUCUCAAGACCUAACCCAGAAUCCUGCGCUAUCCGUAGCAAAUCUGGAUAUGGGCGUCAGUGCUAGUGAUGUCUCCGCCUUAGAUAUGGACCUGGACCCGGAUAUGGGCAUGUGGGAGAUGCCGAGCAUGCCAGACCUGGCAAUGGAUCACAGCCAUGGAGAUACCGGAUCAACCGCUAUGGCCGGCUCACAAACGGACGAGAUAGGCCACCUGCCUCUGGGAUCAGUGAUCUCGCCCCCCACCAUCACAUUCGACACCCACGAACCGGGCGACUGCGCGCAUCGAGCCCAAAACAAGCCACCAACGACUCUCAUGACUCAGAGACUAUGUGGUCAGAUAAGUGCACAGUUGACCUUGGAUCUAGCUAACACCACCAAUAUUUGUUUUACCUUAAUCUAUAUGGAGAAAAGUGGAAAAGAGUAUAUUCAGCCAUAUUCACAGGGGAAGUUCGUCGGGUUAUGGUCUGGGCAGCUAUUUACAGGGUCAACAAAUUACGCACUGCCCGGAUCGAUAGAACCAUCCAUUUUUCUAUAG